AUGGCGCGAGAUUCAUCCGCACAGGAUCCGCUUAAGCUCAUAUUAGGCUCGCCUAACUUCGGAUCAUGGAAAGGUGCAGUCUCUGCAGGCUCUUUAGCACCAGGACCUGCAUCUGAUUACUCUGAUUACCUAGUCUUGGCUGCUGACAGAACCGAGAGACCUGACAUUCUUAGAGCUUUCAAGCCUUACCGUGGCGGCUGGAAUCUCACCGACAAUCACUAUUGGGCAUCUGUUGGAUUUACAGGUGCUCCUGGUUUCAUUCUAGCUGCUGUGUGGAUCUUGUCUUUUGGCUCCCUUCUUGUUGUAUAUCACUGCUUCAAAUGGAGAGUAUGCGAAAAAGCCAAGGGGUCAUCAUACAACUCACGGAGAAUCUGUCUCAUCUUGUUGAUACUCUUUACGUGUGCUGCAGCGGUUGGGUGUAUUCUUUUGUCUGUUGGACAGAACAAGUUUCAUACUGAGGCCUUGCAUACUCUAAAGUAUGUGGUGAACCAGUCAGACUACACUGUGGGGAUCCUCCAGAACGUGACUCAAUAUCUGUCCCUCGCGAAAACGAUUAACGUCACACAGGUUUCCAUUCCACCAGAGGUGUUGGAUGAGAUUGACAAGUUAAAUGUCAAUCUGAAAGCUGCAGCACAAACGCUAGAAGAGAAAACAACUGAUAAUGCUGCCAAGAUAAAGAGAGUGUUCUAUGCCGUGCGAUCUGCUCUGAUCGCGGUGGCUACUGUGAUGCUCAUCCUUUCUUUUCUUGGUCUUUUGCUCUCUGUCCUCCGCCAUCAACAUGUUGUUCAUAUAUUCGUUGUGAGCGGGUGGAUACUGGUGGCUGUGACAUUUAUCCUCUGUGGAGUCUUUCUGAUCCUAAACAAUGCAAUUUCGGAUACGUGCGUAGCCAUGAAGGAAUGGGUUGAUCAUCCUCAUGCAGAAACAGCUCUCAGCAGCAUCCUCCCAUGUGUUGACGAACAAACAACAAACCAGACACUUGCUCAGAGCAAAGUUGUCAUCAACAGCAUCGUGACCGUUGUAAAUACCUUUGUAUAUGCGUAUGCCAACACAAACCCAUCUCCAGGUCAAGAACACUAUUACAAUCAGUCUGGACCUCCAAUGCCUCCUUUGUGCAGCCCGUUUGAUGCAAACAUGGAAGAUCGCGAGUGCGCCCCUCAGGAAUUGUCAAUAGCAAAUGCAUCAUCGGUCUGGGAGAGUUACAUAUGCGAGGUAUCACAAACCGGAAGCUGCACAACUGUAGGGAGAGUAACUCCUGAAAUCUACGGGCAGUUGGUAGCAGCUGUAAAUGAGAGCUACGCUCUCGAGCAUUACACACCGCCUUUGCUUAGCUUCCGAGAUUGCAACUUUGUCAGGGAUACAUUUGAGAGUAUAACCUCAGAUUACUGUCCGCCAUUGGAGCGUAAUCUGAGGAUUGUGAAUGCAGGGCUCGGGCUGAUCUCUGUUGGAGUGUUACUGUGUCUUGUGCUGUGGAUAUUCUAUGCGAACCGCCCCCAAAGGGAGGAAGUGUUUGCUGAUCCACGCCCUCAAGUAAAAGACGAUGGCUUUGGUAACGGGUUGGAUAACCAUCGCACAGGUGACGAAACCAAGGCUUCUGCAGAUUACGUAUAG